AUGAACAACACUGAUCUUGUAACAGAUGGCAGUAAAAUGACAAGCCCACCUGCUAAGAAAACACACAUCCUGGAAUGGAAGUUUUUGAAUGAUGAAAAAGCCAUCGCUGAUGAAUGGAUUAUUGAAAAUCACAGUAUAACAAAAUCGUUUUUAGACUUUAUGAAUAUGGCCAUCUCUUUGGCUAAUGAAG